AAAACGCCCUUGAAACCAUCCUCUCUGUUGUCUGUCUCUCUGUCUGUCCCUCCCUUUGACCCUAAAAGGAAUAUUCUCCUUAACUAUAAAAACCUUCUCCUCUGAUCUCUCUCUCUCUAUCAUCACAUAUCCUCUCUUUUCUCUUAAAUCAAUUGAUUAGUAAAAAGAGACAUGGGAGGCUGCGCGACCAAGCCCAAGGUAUUGACGGGUGACGGGGAGGCUGAGGCCCUGCCUCCGGCUGCCGCUCCUGAGACGGCCAAGGAGGAAAUUACGACGGCUCCUGCUGAGCCAGGCAAGGUGGAGGAAGCUGCGGCUGACUUGAAGACAGAGACGAAGGAGAAAGGUGUAGACGUUGUGGAAGAGGAAAAGAAGGUUGUCGAAGGCGAUGGAGUGAAGGAAAUUGUUGGUGAACAGGAAGACAAGCCUCGAUCUCUCAGUAACUUGUUCAAAGAGAACGAAGGGAAACAAGGUGAGGCAGAAGCAGAGCCAGUGAAACAAGGAGUAUCCGAAGCAGAGAAGCCUAAAGAAGAGUCUGAAACUAAGCAACCAGAAGCUCUGCCCGAAAAACAAGAACCAUCAGAGCCAGAGAAGCCCAAAGAGGAACCUGAAAUCAAGGUAGUACUAGAAGCACCAGUUGAGGUUGAGGAGCAGACCACUAUCCCAGCCGCUGUUGUCGAUGUUCCUGCAAAGACUGAAGCAGAGAAGGUUGUUGAUGUAACACCACUAGCCGCUGUUGUCGAUGUUCCGGCAAAGGCUGAAGCAGAGAAAGUUGUUGAUGUAACACCAUUAGCCGUUGUUGUUGAUGUUCCGACAAAGGCUGAAGCAGAAAAAGUUGUUGAUGUAACACCACUAGCCGCUGUUGUCGAUGUUCCGGCAAAGGCUGAAGCAGAGAAUGUUGUUGAUGUAACACCAACAACCGCAGCCACAGCAGAUACCCAGAAAGCACAGACAACUGAGGAGAAGAAAACUGAAGAAUCAACGUGAAGAAAGAACUUCUGAAAAUAAUGUGCAAAUUAUGUGGGACUGAGUAUAUGAGGAAGGAAGGGCAUGCCAUUACUACCUAAGGCAAUAGCUUGCGAAGAUCAUGAAGAGCUCUCUUGGUUUAGGAAAUUAAUGGUUAUGAGUUAAUUUGUUAUCAAAAUUUUCUUUUUAAUUUGAGUUUGUUUAAUAUUCUAUUUGUGUGAAGAUUUAAUUGUUAGAUUUAACAUAAAAUCAUCAAUUCUUAUUUAUUCACCUA